AGCCACUAUAGACAAGUAACUAAGAAUAACAAACUGCUGUAAAUGUUAAAACUAUUUGUGUUACAAACCAAUGUGUUAAUGAUUGAAUUAAAAUAAUAUGUGAAAUCAGGCAGCAUAACGGACUGUCUUUGCACAGCUAAAGUAGCUGGAAGCAGAUGACACUGGAGGUUUUGCACAUUCAAGACUUCUAAAUGGCUGUGCCUGCUGUUACAGUAGGUUGAAAAUAAGGAAUUUUUGGACUCUGGGAGAAUCCGUAAUUGCAUUGCAUCGGCUUUCAUCCAACUUAAACACACAGAGGGACCCUGAAACCAUCUCCAACAGGAUCAGGAGGCACCAGAGUGACGGGAAAAGUACAAAAAGAAGGAUCAUAAAGGACAUGCACAGAAUGGUGCUGUGGAGGGUAGAGCUGAAGUGUUCUGCACUGGAAUGACCUCCUACAUGCUCUCACGUGGUUUCUAUGGGAAUUUCAGCAUAGCCGCACUCUGCUGGAUGGGAGGAGGUGUUUUUCUGUGGCAUCUCAUCGCUCUGCUCUGAUUGGCCAGUAUUUUUCAGCCUCUGCACUGCCGUUGGUCAGUAUGCCAGCAAAAGGGAAGUACUUGCUGAAUGAGCAGAAGUUGAAACAGGAAGCACUGUACAGGAAAUUUUCUGGCAUUAGCCAAUACCAGCCAUUCGUUCUGUUGCUGGGACUGAGCAUGCUCACUUGUGUCUCACUGCUAGUGCUCUUCUUCAGCCUGCAACUGAAUGCACGGGACCAUGGUGUAUUUGUGGGAGUUGUGGGAGGAGCAUUUUGUUUGUUCCUGGCUGUGUUUAUAUUAGUGUAUACAGACACUCUCUCUCAAAGAUGGAGAACUUUGCUUGGUCUCGCCGUGUGGGCCACACACCUCACAAUGGGCUUCACCUUUAUUUUCAGCACAGAAAACAAAGUAGAAAUACAACCAUGGGACCAGGUUCCCUUCUUCCUCUUCAUCAUCAUUACAGUCUACACCAUGCUGCCAUUUCAGAUGAGCUAUGCUGUAACCCUGAGUAUCAUCUCCUCUCUGUCUCACAUCAUUGUUCUUUCGGUGCACCUCACAGUGUUCAGUUUCCCCCCCAAACACCUCAUCACCAAUCAGUUGCUGUCAAAUUUUGUGGUGUUUAUUUGUGGAAGUGUGGUUGGGGCUUUUCAUAAUAUUCUGAUGGAGAAAGCUCUCAGGCAGACAUUUCAGGACACUAUUCGAUGCCUCGGCAUUCGCAUGAAACUGGAGAUUGAGAAGAGGCAGCAGGAAAACCUUUUGCAGUCAGUCCUUCCUGUGUACAUCUCCAUGAAGAUGAAGUUGGCCAUAAUGGAGCGCUGCAAGUGUAAAGAUAAAGAGGAACAGCAGCGUAUGGUCCGGGACAACAACUUCCACAGUCUCUACGUGAAGAGACAUGAGAAUGUCAGCAUCCUAUAUGCUGACAUUGUGGGUUUCACACGUCUGGCCAGUGACUGUUCUCCUAAGGAGCUUGUGAUCAUGCUGAAUGAACUUUUUGGGAAAUUUGACCAGAUUGCAAAAGAGAAUGAGUGCAUGCGAAUAAAAAUUCUUGGUGACUGUUAUUACUGUGUGUCUGGCCUCCCCGUUUCCCUGCCAAAUCAUGCCAAAAACUGUGUUAAAAUGGGCCUGGACAUGUGCGAAGCCAUCAAGCAGGUGCGUGAGGCAACAGGUGUGGAUAUUAACAUGCGAGUAGGUGUACACUCUGGAAACGUCCUCUGUGGUGUGAUUGGCUUACGGAAGUGGCAGUUUGAUGUGUGGUCCCAUGAUGUCACCUUAGCAAAUCAUAUGGAGUCAGGUGGAUUACCAGGACGAGUUCACAUCACAGAGGCGACUCUGAAGCACUUGAACAAAGCGUAUGGGGUGGAGGAGGGGAAUGGUCACUUGAGAGACCCCUACCUUAAAGAGCUCAACAUCAAGACUUAUUUGGUCAUAGACCCUCGGUCAAAAGAUCCAUCACUGAUGGCCCCCAGUGUCACUAAGCCUCGUGUGAGUGAUGGUUUGAAGAUGAGAGCAUCUGUGCGUAUGACGCGCUUCCUGGAGUCAUGGGGGGCCGUCAAACCGUUUGCCCAUCUGCAGAGCCGAGAAGAAUUCUGCACAGAUGCUAUGGUCAAUGGAAAGGGUCGCUGCAAGGACAUCCCUCUUAGAUCAGUAACGACCAAAAUUACAGAGAGGAAUAAAUCACAGAAGACUAAGUUUGAUGAAGAGCUUCACGACAAGAUGACCACCACCAUCAAUGAUCUGAGCUCCAGCAAAAAGUGGGUGAAGUCUGAAGAGAUCUCUGGCCUCACGCUGUGGUUUACUAAACGAGACCUUGAAAAGCAGUACAGGACUAUAGAGAUGCCAAGCUUUAAAUAUUACAUUGGUUGUGCCACCUUCAUCUUUAUCUGCAUCUUCAUCAUCCAGAUGUUUGUUACCAAACAGCGUAAAGAGCUGGGGCUGACGUUUGUGGUAUUGGGGUGUUUUCUGCUUUUGAUUCUGUGCAUCUGUUUUGCGAGUCAUAUACAGAGGCAGUUUCCAGAGAAGCUGAAGUCAUGCACGUGGCUCUCGGCUCUUUCAGAAGCAGUGGUUAAGAGGCCUUUUCUGCGCCUCCCAUUGGCAACUGUAGCCACCGCAAUCAUAGUCAUCAUCGCCAUGUUCAACUUGUAUUUGGAGUGUCACCCGGAGAAUUUAUGUGUCACUCGGCUACAAAAUAACAGCAACAUUCCUGAUUCUGUCAAAGAUGACCUAUCGUAUUUGCCUUACUCAGUAUAUAAUUGUAUAUUGGCGUUGAUCGCCUGUGGCGUGUUUUUGAGGGUGAGUUUGGAGCUGAAGGUGGUCUUCCUAUUCAUCGUCUCAGCUAUUUCCUACAUCAUCAUCUUCUACUCCCAGGGGAAUCUCUUCAGCAACUACAGCUGCCUGCUCUAUGCCAACCACAGCUGUUGUAGUGUCGAGGACAGUGUGAGGCUGUGCAAAGCAGGAAUUAUGAAGCACCCACAAAUCAUGAGCUUCAUCUACAUCACACUCUUCCUCUUUACCAUGCUGCUCAUAUCCCACCAGAAUGAGCGCUGUUGUCGUCAAGACUUCCUGUUGAAGAACAAGAACCUGGCCGAUAAGGAAGAAGUCGAGCUGUGCGAAAACCUGAACCGUCUGCUUUUGGAAAAUGUUCUCCCUGCGCACGUGGCUGCUCUCUUCGUGGGCGAGAACAAAAAGAAUGAGGUGGGGCUGCUGUCCACUAUCUCUUUACUAAACCAGAAGUACAAGGACCUGUACUAUAAGUCAUAUGACUGCGUAUGUGUGAUGUUUGCCUCUGUGCCGGACUUCAAAGAGUUCUACACGGAGUGUGACAUCAAUAAAGAAGGACUGGAGUGUUUGAGGCUUCUCAAUGAGAUCAUCGCCGACUUUGACGAGUUGCUGUCUAAGCCCAAGUUCAGCAGUGUGGAGAAGAUUAAAACCAUCGGCAGCACGUACAUGGCUGCGGCAGGACUGAGUGGACCUCCGGAGCAGAGCAGCCAGGACCGUGAGAGGCAGAAUGCACAGAUAGGAAACAUGGUGGAGUUCGCAAUCGCUCUGAUCGGCAAGCUGGAUGGCAUCAACAGACACUCCUUCAACACAUUCAGGCUUCGCGUCGGUAUAAACCAUGGCCCAGUGAUUGCUGGGGUGAUUGGAGCCAGGAAACCACAGUAUGAUAUCUGGGGAAACACUGUGAAUGUGGCCAGUCGGAUGGAAAGCACUGGAGAGCUGGGGAAAAUACAGGUGACAGAGGAGACAUCAGAUGUCCUGCAGAAGCUGGGCUACCAAUGUGAGUGUCGUGGCCUGAUCAAUGUGAAGGGCAAAGGAGAGCUCAAAACCUUCUUUGUGUGCACAGAUUUCAGCAAACAGCAGGGCAUUGGUUUGAGCUGAGACUGACAGCUUCACACACGCACACAAACACACAAAGACACACGCACACACACACACACACAGACUCCGGACCUAUAUGUGAUCUCUUUGGGGUUUUUUUCAAGAAUGUUUUAUUGCUACUGGAUUUGUUCCUUUAGAGCAUGUCUAAAGAACUGCACAUUUUUAUCUGAAUUUGAAAUGUUAGUUUAUUUUGGCAGCAUUUGGAGACCUGAAACUCUCAGAUAUGCAGCGACGUAUACCUACACACAUCUCACAUGAACACAAGCUGAACUGUGCGAUCCUCUUAUGGGACACAGACCACAGAGAGUGGGUUACUUGAGUUCGCUGAAGGAAAAUAUUAGUUCUCAGUAUUGCUCUCAGACUUUCUGAGUACUGCUGUCAUAGUGGCCUUGAUCCUGUUGGAUUUAGACUGAUUUGGGAUGACUGAACUUGUCGACAGAGGGAACACCUGACCCACACAAACUCAUUAUAACAAAUGAACAGAUGUGAAAAUAUCUAGAAUUUCUUCAGUCAUUUGAAAUAAUGUGUCCUUUAUUAUCAACUUUUCGAGCAACAAAAUAGUGGAUGCCUAUUCUUCCUUGAAUCUACAUACUGCGGAUGCUUUUUGUGUUUUCUUUAAAAAAAAAAAAAAAAAAAGUGUUUUGAAUGCCAAAUGUUGACAUUCAGUGUUGAUUUGCUGUUGCCUUUGAGUUGAGAUUGUGGAUUUUGGAUAUGGGCCUUCCUUAGCUUCAUAAUAUUCUACCGAUUAAACGAUUAAGUUAUGUUUACAUAUACCUGGGGAAUACAUGUAAAUGAAUGAAAAUGAACGAUCUUAAAGUGAAAGUGUACUUUCAUCGAUUUCCCAUUGUCUUUCUCAGAUCUUGACCAAAUAGCUCUGUGGCUUCUCUCAUCUGAAUUUGUAUAUUCACUAAUGGAUGUACUCAUGAAUCUCAGCUCUCAUCGCAGUAAAUUGAUUUGCUCAAAAGGUC